ACGCCCCCGCGCUGACGUCACCGGCCCGGUUCUCGGGGGAGCGGCGGCGGACGCGCUGCUCCCACCCCCUCCCCUCUCACGGGUUCUCCUCCCUGGUGGCGGCCGCGGCCCGACACUGCAAGCUGAUGGCCCGGGUCCCGAGUGCGGGCUAGCGUGCCUGGGUGCCCGGCCAUGGGCUGUAUCGGCUCUGAGAGCCCGGCGGGUCAGGCAUUUCUGGGGACCACCAGCUGGCUGAGGCUCAGGGACAGAGACGGCUGCUCCAGCUAAAGUGGCCUCGGACCCCGCGUGGGCUGUGGAGUGGAUCGAACUUCCUCGGGGCCUCUCUCUAUCUUCCUUGGGAUCUGCUCGGACUCUUCGAGGCUGGAGCCGGUCCUCUCGCCCUUCCUCCGUGGACAGCCAGGACUUGCCAGAGGUGAAUGUUGGAGACACAGUCGCGAUGCUGCCCAAGUCCCGGAGAGCCCUAACUAUCCAGGAGAUAGCUGCGCUGGCCAGAUCCUCCCUGCAUGGUAUUUCCCAGGCGGUGAAGGACCACGUGACCAAGCCCACCGCCAUGGCCCAGGGCCGAGUGGCUCACCUCAUUGAAUGGAAGGGCUGGAGCAAGCCGAGUGACUCUCCUGCUGCCCUGGAAUCAGCCUUUUCUUCCUAUUCGGAUCUCAGCGAGGGCGAACAAGAGGCUCGCUUUGCAGCAGGAGUGGCCGAGCAAUUUGCCAUUGCAGAAGCCAAGCUCCGGGCAUGGUCUUCAGUGGAUGGUGAGGACUCCACCGAUGAAUCCUAUGAUGAGGACUUUGCUGGGGGAACUGACUCAGACAUGGCUGGGCAGCUGCCCCUGGGACCCCAUCUCCAGGACCUCUUCACUGGCCACCGAUUUUCCCGUCCUAUGCGCCAGGGCUCCGUAGAACCUGAGAGCGACUGCUCGCAGACCGUGUCCCCAGAGACCCUGUGCUCUAGUCUGUGCAGCCUGGAGGACGGGUUGCUGGGCUCCCCAGCCCACCUGGCCUCCCAGCUGCUGGGCGAAGAGCUGUUCCUUGCCAAACUGCCCCCCAGCCGGGAAAGUGCCUUCCGCAGCCUGGGCCCAUUGGAGGCCCAGGACUCACUGUACAACUCUCCCCUCACGGAGUCCUGCCUUUCCCCCGCCGAGGAGGAGCCAGCUUCCUGCGAGGACAGCCAGCCGCUCUGCCCGCCACCGGUGGGCAGCUGGGAACAACAGCGGCAAGCCUCCGACGUGGCUUCUUCUGGGGUGGUGUCCUUAGACGAGGAUGAGGUGGAAACGGAGGAACAGUGACGCAGAUCAUGCCUGGUGGUGGCAUGUGUCCCCUGGCUACUGCUGGGGGCAGAGCCUCUAUGCCCAAGUGUGGGCACGAGGCUUCCAGCAGAGCUCCAAAGCCUAGAGGGCUCCUGGGAGCACUCACUCCUCGUUGUGUGUUUUGCAUGAAAGUGUCAGGAGAGGAGGCAGGGGCCAGGCUGGGGGCGCAUGUCCUGCCCCCACUCCUGGGGUUUGCCGGGGAUUGCCCGGGGCCCCUGGGGCAUGGCUACAGCUGUGGCAGACAGUGAUGUUCAUGUUCUUAAAUCAAAAAUGCCAUAUACAUAUUUCCUCCUUGGAUGAUGUGAACCCCUGAGGGGGUGGUUGUGACUGGGCUGUGUGGGAUAGAGCGGGAGGGAGCCCGGCCUCCCCCUGCCCCUCCCCCUGCCUCUCUCCUCUGCUUCUCUCCUCACCUCCAAGUCCACGUGCAGUGCUUGAUAGAAUC